GAAUGCCGGGGCGCCCAGACACGCCCCCGCCCACCACUUCCGCCCCUCAGGAGCAUGGCGGCCAGUGGCCCGCCCCGGAUUGGAUGCUGGUGGCAAGUGAGGACCACGGUUGGUCAAGGGGUGGCUGACGUCAGGGGAGGGCCCUUGAGUGGGAGCAGCAUGCCGCCGCCCGGCCUCUGGUGCGCGGGGCUGCGGCUGAGUCGCGGCAUGAGCCAGUGCGUUUUGGAGCCCCGGCUCCCGGGGAAGCGGUGGCUGGUGGCUGGCCUGGGGAACCCCGGACUGCUGGGCACGAGGCACAGCGUGGGUAUGGCAGUGCUGGGGCAACUGGCGCGGCGGCUGGGGGUGUCUGAGAGCUGGGUCCGCGACCGUCGCUGCGCUGCCGACCUCGCCCUGGCCUCACUUGGGGAUGCCCAGCUGGUCCUGCUUCGGCCGCGGCGCCUCAUGAAUGCCAACGGGCGCAGCGUGGCCCAGGCUGCGGAGCUGUUCGGGCUGACUGCCGAGGAUGUCUACCUGGUGCACGAUGAUCUGGACAAGCCCCUGGGGAAGCUGGCUCUGAAGCUGGGGGGAAGUGCCAGGGGCCACAAUGGAGUUCGUUCCUGCAUUAGCUGCCUCAACUCCAGUGCAAUGCCACGGCUGCGGGUAGGCAUCGGGCGCCCGACGCACCCUAACGCGGUGCAGGCGCACGUGCUGGGCUGCUUCUCCCCCUCGGAGCAGGAGCUGCUGCCUCCAUUGCUGGAGCGCGCCACAGACCUGCUCCUGGACCACAUCCGUGAGCGAAGCCAGGGGCCCUUGUCAGGCACCUGACGCCAGUGGACACGGCUGCCAUGCCCACACACCUGGCCACACCCACAGAGGUGCCACAGCAGCCUGUGGUAUCUACUUUUUAUAUAGCUUGUCUUGGCUGCUACCGACUGAAGGGGACUGUGGCUGGACGGGUCCAUUCUUGGGGUAGGCAGUCGGUCUUCUUUCCGAGUCUCACUUGGAAAGCAGGGAAACUUCAGGGCAACUGAACUUUUUGAUCAUUUUUGGAGGAUCAGAGAUGUGGAUCUGUAAGAUUGAAGAUGCCUGCUUAGAAGCUCUUCCGGGGGCUCCUGCCCUCCCCUUCCCUGUGGAGGAGGGACGGGCCCUCAGGGCCCAGCAAGCCCCCUUCCCAGGGGCUGUGUGGGCAUGCCUUGGCCCA